AAUUAUUUGACUUUUUCCGUCGAAUUUCAUUUGCAAAUAAUACACAGAUGCCAUCAUGACUGAAAUGCUGCCAUGUUUGAUUCGCGUAGGUGAAAAUGUUAAAAAGUACAAACUUUUUAUACUGGACAAAGAUGAGGUGACAGUGGGUCGAUCACCUGAUGUGACGUAUUGUAUUUUAUCAGGAAUGAUUUCUAGAUGUCAUGCUUUCUUUAGAAAAUCACCAGAUAAUACUUGGACAGUUUCAGAUAACAAGAGUUUGAAUGGUAUUUUUGUAAAUGAUAAAAGAAUAGAGGUUGAUAAAGCAGUGAGUUUAAAUGAUGGAGACAAGCUACAAUUAGGUGUCACCAAUAAAGAGAAAAAAGAGGAAUUCAUCUUUAGGUUUUCAUUAUCAAGUCGUGUGAAAAGAUCGAGAAAGGAAUCGGAAGAAUCAAACAGGCCCAACCAUAAACGUUCUCGUCAGGAUUCAAUUGAUGGAAUCAAACUGACCCAGAAGUCUCCAGAGUGUGAUAACCAUGUGUCUAGUUCUCAACCAGACCUGGAGUCUUCAAGUGUCAAUUCACCAUAUAAACUGUAUGAACAGAAAAUGGAAGAAUAUAAAAAGCAAGAAGAGGAAAAAAGGAAAGAAUACGAAGAAAAAUUACAAUCAAUGAAGAAAAUGUUAGAGGCUAAAGAAUUUGAGCAGAAUGAGAUGAGGAAAGCUUUAGAAAAACAAAAAGAAGAAAAAUUAGAAUCAGAAGCCAAAUUAAAAUCAGCCUUAGAAUUACAGCAGGAAGAGAUGGAGAGAGAGAAGACGGAAUUAAAACAACAAAUGCAGGAUGAAUUAGAAAAGCAACUGAAAAAUAAGGAACAGAGUUUAAUUGAACAGUUACGAGUACAACAGGAUACUUUGAUAUCAGAGAAAGCAAAAGUAGAGGAGAGUUUAAAACAGGAAAUGGAAAAAGCCAUUGAACAGAAAAAUAAACAGUUAGAAAAUGAAUUAACUUUACAACGUGACAAAUUACAAAAAGUGAUUGACAGUAAAGAACUAGAACAGAAAGUGUUAGAAAAUCAGUUAGAGGAAACGAAAGCUGAAAAUAUUAAAACUAAAGAAGCUAUGUUAUGUGCUAGGGGUGAUGUGUUAAAUAAUUUUAAAGACUUAAUGGAAACAGAAUUACAGUGUAGUAUUUGUAGUGAACUGUUUGUACAGUCUACAUCAUUGAACUGUUCUCAUAGUUUCUGUGCGUUGUGUAUAGAACAGUGGAUGGCCGUGAAAAAAGAAUGUCCAAUAUGUCGUUCACCGAUAACGUCUCACAUGAGGUCUAUAGUUUUAGAUAGUUAUAUUGAUAAAAUGGUGGAACAACUUGACGAUGAAUUGAGACAAAGCCGUAAAGAAUUGGUUGAUGGUAGAAAAGAGGAGUAUAAGAAACUACAGGAGAAAAAGAAGGCAGAGGUUCCAGGAGGGUCAGGUGCAGGGAGGGGACGGGGUGGUCGAGCUAGAAGGAGGGGUGGGGGAUCAUCUGGGGGCAAUCUCAAUGCUACCCCGACUACCCCAUCUAGAAGACCUAUUAUAAUCAGUGAUGAGGAAGAGGCAGGGGAGGUAACUGAUAGUGACAUCUCUAACUCUAGUGAUAAUGACAGCAGCGAUGUGGAAGGAGAUCCUGAUGCCUAUUAUGGAGGUUACGGUAGAUGCUAUACUUGUGGAAGAAGUGGUCAUUGGGCUAAUGGAUGUCCUGAUAAUUGGUGA